ACUGGUUGUCGACCAAGUCGCAUAUAAAUUUCGUUUUACCCUAAGAAUGCAACGGGUACUUUACUCUCUAAUUUUCUUCGCCGCUCUCGCUCUCCAUCUCCAUCUCCCUCUCCCUGUGAGGAAUUCGCGUUCCUUUUGGUUUCAGGAUUUGUGUAACUUGUCCAAAUGAGGGGAAGGAGCUAUACCCCUUCACCACCAAGAGGUUAUGGAAGAAGAGGAAGAAGUCCUCCAAGAGGAGGGCGCUAUGGUAGAGGAGAUGCUCCUACCAGUCUCUUAGUUCGUAACCUUCGCCAUGAUUGUAGGCCCGAAGACUUAAGGCGCCCUUUUGGCCAAUUUGGCCCUAUUAAGGACAUCUAUCUACCAAGGGAUUAUUACACUGGUGAUCCACGAGGUUUUGGAUUUGUCCAAUACGUGGACCCAGCAGAUGCUGCAGAAGCUAAAUAUCAGAUGGAUGGCCAAAUUCUGCAAGGCCGGGAGCUCACUGUUGUUUUUGCUGAGGAGAACAGGAAGAAGCCAACUGAGAUGAGAGCCAGAGAACGAGGAGGAAGAGGCCGUGUUCAUGACCGAAGGCGUUCUCCCCCACGUUAUUCUCGUUCUCCUCGGUAUUCUCAGUCCCCACCUCCACGCCAUGGAAGGUCUCGAUCUCGUAACCAUGAUUACUACUCUCCUCCUAAGAGAAGAUACUCAAGGUCGAUUUCUCCGCGCGAGAAAAGGUAUAGUAGAGAAAGGUCCCUCUCCCAUACUCCGUUGCGGGAACGAUCUCCUGCCUAUGAUGGCCCAAGGAAUCACAGUGGAAGUCCAGUGAGGGAACGAUCACCAUAUGGUUCACGAAGCCGCAGCCAAAGUCCAGGUCAUGACAAAUCUCCUGUUAGGGGUCGGAGCCUGAGUCGCAGCAGAAGCCCUUAUUCUCCGGAGUAUACAAGGAAACCCGGGAGGGUGGGGUCUCCUAGCCAGUGAAGCUGUUUUGAAAGACAAAAUAUGUUCUUGUGUGUGUAAUGACUGAACUUGAAGUUGUGGGUGAUAAACUAGUUUACUCUGUAACAUUCGACUUAAAUGACUCCUAAACGUUAGGAUUGGUUGUAGUAUUUGUUAAAUAUGUUUGGUUCCAGAAGACAUGUGGUGUGCCCAUAUCCUACCAUUCUAUUCUAUGAUGCUUGGUUUUAGUCGA